CAAUUGCUUUUGGCAUCAGCCAAUACCAAAACUUGGAAGUCUUCCAUCUCCACUCUUCGCAGUUGCUAUUUGCUAAAAACCCCUUAAACCCAUCACCCAUGUCUCUCUUCAGAAGCCUCCUUUCCCACUCCUCUCUCCUUAAACCCCAAAACCCUCUCUUCAUUUCCCAAACAACCCACCACCCUCUCUCAUUCUCCUCCAUCUUCCUCAGAACCCUUUCCUCACUCGAACCCAAAAACCAAACCAAACCCAGAAAGCCUCUGGACCUUGUUUUCAAAAAGGCCGUCGGACUUUCCCCAGAACCCGAAACCUCCGAUACCGAGACCGACGACGACCCACUGAAACAGAGCCUAAGAGAGCUAGAACAAGAGCUCAAGGGCGUGAAAUCGAAUCCGAAUGUCGCCCAAAUCGAACCGAGGAGAAGAGAAACCCAGAAUUCCAAGGCUGACAGAGAACAACCCAAGAAUCCAAAGAAAGGGAUCAGCUUAUACGCAGUGUUUACGAAUAAGACGGUGGAUGGUGAAACGGGGAACGAGAUGACCAGAGAAAGGUCGGACGUGUGUAAAGAGUUGUCGCCGGAAAUGGAGUUGGUGGUGAGUUAUUUGUAUAAAGAAGGCUACUUUUCGAAUGCCAAUUUCUUGUCUUUGUAUGAGGAUAGGUUGGAUUUUAGUUGCUUUGAUAAUAGCUAUGGCCGCGGGUUUAUUAAGUAUGCUGUGGAGAAGUUUGCCAAUGACAAGCAGCAAAUUGCAAAAUGGUUAUCAGGGAGCGACUUGAAAAAGGUGGCUCUCUUUGGUUGUCCUUCACUUGCAAAAAAGAGUGUUUUUGGUGCUAAAAGAUUGCGCAAAUUCUUUGAAAUUCCAGAAGAAACUGUUUGUUCAAAAUGUGUCUUAAGAGAAUCGUGCAGGUUUGUGAACAAGAGUGUGUGGCGUGGAGCCACAAAGAAUUUGAAUCCAACUAAUAAUGUGGGGAAAGGAAACCCCAAGAAUUUGAACCUGGCUGAUGUUAUGAAUAUUAUCAUGCUAUAUGCUUUGGAAUCUGUGCCUCCGCAGCUGGUUGUGCCAGAUCAUUUAAAGGCUUCUGUUAGUCGAUUGCUAAAGGAGAUUUUGAAGCUAAGUCAAACUACUUCAUGAGGCACACUAGAUUGUUCAAGUGAGGGUGCACAUCUGCGUGCACAUCUGCGAGAUUGAAAGAAUUGAACCAAUUUGGGUAAAGUUUUCACCCACUGGAUUGAGCUUGCACAAGUCCAGGAAUUUGGUUUAUCGAUGUCAUAUUUGAUGCUCUAUCUGCUUGUCUUGAUCAAUGCUCAACCUAAGGCCAAAGACUUGAAGCUAGUCUAUGACUAAAGCAUUUCUCGAAGGUGACUUGUCCUCUGUAGAAACCCUAAUCUGACUUCCCCCGUGUUAAUGUGAAACUGUUAUCUUGGAUGGAUCAUAUAUCCUUAACUUACUCUUACAUCCCUUACAUCUCUAUAGCAGAUUCUAUACAUGUCUUCAUGCUUACCAUUGUUUUUGCAAAGAAGCUCAUUUUUUUACUAGUUUCUCAGUGUUGUUCAUCAUUAUUGGCUUCUUUCCAUGUGGGGUAUCCAAGAUCUUCUGGUAUUCUGGUAUCUGACCGCCCAUAUAUUCUGUUCAGAAACAUAUUUCACUUCUAGGCAAGCAGUACAUGCAUGUAAUCUUCUGAGUUAUAACUGUCUUUGGCAUCAUAUUUUAUAUUGUUUUGGAGAUCACAGUCCAACAUGAGUUGUUCCCUUCUGAGGUACAUGAAUGGUGAUUUAAUUAGUUCUGGCCGUCUAUGUGAAUCUUUGUGAUUUUGGAUAUAAAUUAAGCGGUCGCUUUUGUAUUUGAUCA